UCAGAAGGCGACGCCACAGUGCAUGACGAGAAGAAGCGAAGGCGGAACAUCCUAGGGGCCUUGGUGGGCCUGAGUCUGACCAUGACAGGCUACUCAAUCUUCAACGACUCCUACAUGCAGUGGAUCUACGUGCGUUUCCAGAUGGACGUGUUGGGAGACAACUACACACUGGCCAACACCUCCUCGUGGUGAUCAACAUGUUCUUCUCCAGCACUCACCUGGCCGUUGGCUAUUUCAUCACGGAAGAGGGUUACAUUUGGCCGAUGGUCACGGCUCUAUGCAUCGCCAGCCUGGGCCUUCUCUGGUUUAUUUUCUGCUUGAACGAGACCAUUCCCCACUCAGACUUCAACAACUGCAAAGAAAGAACUGAAGCUGUGAAAAACGUCUUCAGUUUUUACUUCAUCAAGAGCGACAACCCAAGGUAUAGGCGAGAAGACUUCAUUAUACUUGGAGUUGUCUUCUUCAUGUUUGGCACGUGCAUCGGUGCGCAGUUCAUGACACUGUUCCUCAUGGACGAGCCGCUGUGUUGGGGAUCUCAGAAGAUUGGUUAUGUGACCACAUUCCAGGGGCUGCUCCAAAGCUUUACGUCCCUCAUAGUGAUGCCGCUGCUCCAGAAGGUGACCAGUGAUGAGGUCAUCUGUGUGUUAAGUCUACUGUCUGGGGCAGGGAGUCGAAUCAUGUUGGCCAUGUCUGUCCAUGACUGGAUGAUCUAUGUCGCUUUUGCUAUUGGAAUGCUUGAGUUGAUGGUUCUCCCUAUUAUUCGAGGAAUCCUUUCCAGAAUGGUGCCAGUAGAAAGACGAGGUUCGCUGUUUGCCAGUGUUGCCGUCAUCGAGGUGGCCACCUUGGCAGCGUCUGGGGUGGGUGUGAACAUGCUCUACUCUCACACCGUGGCCUUGUGGCACGGCCUGGCCUACAGCUUCAUUGGCUCCUGUGUCCUCCUCUCCAGUGCGAUUAUGGGAGUGUAUGUCAUAAUACUACGUCGGCGAGCGUCAAAGCUGGGCACAGUUGUUGUUGUGGAAGAGGUGACUACUCCGUCACCUGUGAUAAACCCUGGAACGCGGGGCAGCAUCAACUCUGAGGAUGACCGGCUCAUGGCGUGCUGAUUGCACCCAGUGGAUGUGGUAUGGCCGGUCCAUCCUACAUACUCAUCAACCAACAGCUGCUUAAGAUUUUUACUCCUCAGGUGUUCAGUUUUAACACUGAUGUGUUCUAAAGCAGAUCUGCUGUUGUUUUAACUCAUAGAGACCACAUUGCACAUGUGCACCGUGUUGCAGACAUGUGUGGCAGAGUUCAAGAAUUUCUUUUUAGAAAGUCUAAAAGAAGUUAAAACAAAUGUGCCAAAAAAGUUUUUCUUUCCAUUUCUGCACCCAAUUUUAAAUGAGGAAGAUCAAAAUAAACAUUUGUAGUCAAAUUUUUGCUACUAAUGUGAUCGAAGUCAUUUCAUUCAGCCAAAAUGGCUUAUGCCAAGCUUUCUUGCGUUUGAUUUUACACCACUUUUUACACUGUGCAAAAGAAGUAUCCCCUUAUGUUAAAGGUUUAAUAUUUUGCAAAUGGCUUGUGGUUAGAUCAAAAGGCUUUUAAAACUUAAAAGCUUGUUUGUUUCUUCCUGUACUCACAACUUUUAGAUAUUUUUUUUUCUCAGUGAAAAUAUCAGGGACUAGGAAGCUUAAACAAUAAAAUUCAGAAAACAUUUUUGUAGAGCCGUUGCUUGUUCCAUGAACUUCAGGGAUAUUUUCUAAGCUGAUUUUGUACCAUUUUUUUCCUCUUGCCAUGUUUUAAAAUUGUUGCUACCUAUCACAAUCAUUGUGUUUGUCUGAAUAUAUUAUUUAAUGUAUAUUGGAAUCAUUUAGAUUCCAUUCAGUUGUUUGAGUGUCAUAUAAAGGUUGUGAUCGCCAUUUGCACAAAAUAGUUCCAAAUCUUGCAAGUGCAAUUUAAUGUGUUUAUAUAUGUAUUUAUUGUUAUUACAUGUUUGGUUUUCUUUUUUAUUUAUUCAUUAAUGAAAUUCACAGCAUACAUUCCACCUCUCCCCUCAAAAGAAAACGCUGCCAUUUUCACUGACAUCCACCUACAUUUCCAUACAUGAAAAGUCGCAGUACCUUGAACUUUUUGAGGUGUUUAGUUGGCUUUCAAAGGAUACUGUAAGUUGACUUAUUCAACGAUUUAGUGUAGAUACCAAAAACAAUCAUACAGUGAUUAUAAUAGCAUGUUGUGUUUUAGCCAUUCUCUUUUUCAUUUUAUCAUCUCAGCCUACCUUUGUCUUUCAUAUUUUUGGUGUUGCCUCCUCUUUGUUCCCUUGCUAUGUGCUUUAAUUGCCUUAAUGGGCUAUUUCAAGUUCACAUGUUCUUGUGUUGUUCUUCUAAAUAAAACUUGCAG